CACCAAACAACCCAACAAACCCACCAAGCCAGGAAACAUGGCCAGAACGCAGGACCCUACGCCACUUGAAGCUGGCAGCAUUUCUGAACAGGACACCGGCACUGACGCUCGCGAGGACAACCUCGUCCACGAGGUCCCGUUUGGCUUCCGCGGGAAUCUCAAGUUCAUCAGCAAGGACAAGGAAUACGAGCCGAGCUUCUUCACCUAUGAGGGCCUGCGGCGCUGUGGCAAGGACGGAUGCCGCCAGCUCUGGGGGAUAUACCAACACCGCUGUGACGAGCCGGUCGGCAUCUGCUUCGCAAGGUGCGACGAGUGCUGGAUGCCCGUCCCCGGCGGCGCUGCUGGCCGCGCGCAGCUUCAGAGGCACGGGGCGGCCUGCAGGGGCCAGGUCGUCAGGGCGGCGUGGAAGCCGGCGUGGGACGGUACCCUACACUGCCCACUCUGCGGGUUUCCCGGUCUCACUGUCGACAAGAUGAAGCAGCACCUCUCAGUUUGUGACGGGAACCGGCGCAGUGUCCUUGGUGGGGGAUCUGUGCCCACCGGGCAUGACCCCCGCUCCUUGAGGAUAUGUGACGAGUGCGAAUUUACCUUUCACCCGUCCGUCUUUGCUACACAUGUGUGUGGUAGUACCUAUGACCCCGUCUGGCUUGGGGAUACCGAUGUACCAGAUAUGGCGAAGCCAUACAUAGUUUGGUGCCGAGAUGGCCCUGGUUCUUACGGCGCUUGUGGCUAUGGAGGUGGAUAUAUUGGUGACGACCCCGGUGGUAGGAUCCCACAGGAGGUCUGCGAUGCCAGCUGGUCGGUGCCCUUUUCGACAAAUCUGAGGUAUGCGCUAGGGCCGUCAAACACCCUCUUCGACCUUGUACGAGACCUGAGGCGGCUGCUCGCACCGGCGGCGGCCCAUUUGGACGACGAUGCGGAUGAUGCCGACGACAACAUCGAGGCUGGCUCGGGACAGGAGGAUGUAGACCAAUUGGUCGCAGAAACAGGCACAAUGGACCUUGGGGGGAAGAUCGACCGCAUCCGCGAGGAAUGCGCGGCGCAACGGGGAAGGCGGAAUGCGCGCACCCUCGUGGACCACAACAUACGCCCCAGGAAGAUUCAGGCGGGACCCUGCCAGGGCGUGGGGUGGAGACACGGGUUUAUCCCGUGCCGGUCUGGUGCUGCCAUCAGCCUCGACACGGCUGCGCUGGAGGCAAGGGAGUCGAGUGGCAAGGUAUCGUGGGCCCUCAUCUGCCCUGAGUGCCGGAGGCUGCAGUCGUCAAUCCACGCGUGGGUCAUGCGGGGCAAGUACAAUGCAGACGGGACCCGCCUCUGUCCUGCUGACUCGUGCCGCGAGCCCGUCUUCAACGGCGUCGAGUGCCAGGCCCACGCGGCCCUCAGGUCGGCGAGCAGGGUCGGGGCGAAGAAGGCACGCCUCAGCACGCAUGACGCACGUGCCAGCACCCGACGCAGGCGAAUCUGGGACAUUGUCUCCCCGGACGAUAUGAAAUCCUUCUUCGCCGCGUUGCAGCAGAUGCCAACACCCCCUUGGUCCAACGACGAGAGGUGGUCCAGGAUCGCAGACGCCGUGGCGGACAAGCACCUUAUGCCCAACAUCUUCCUCAUCGAUACCGAAACAGUCGUUGUGAACCAUACCCCCAAGCCCCUCGAGCUGUCUAUUCUGAGGGCCUGUGGCGAGCACCUAUAUACCACGACAGUCGACUACGGCGUGGAUGUCGCCGACUUAUGCCGGGGUAUAGGGCAGCAGCUCCUCGGCUACGCCAUCGGGAUCUACAGCAGGGAGGGCGCCAACUCGGCCCACGCUCGUAUUCCCACCCACGGUCAGACGCCGGCAGCAGUCGCCUCGAGGCUGCGCGAGAUCGGCCUCGGCCGCGGCUCCGUCCUCAUCGAAUGGUCUGAGAGCGGGUGGGACUGGCGGGCCCUCAGGGCGCUCUGCGGAGAGGCCAGCGUGCCUGAAGAGUACCUCCGCGGGGAGGACCUCCUGAGGCUCUGCGGCUACCGAGGCCCGAUGGACCUCGAGACCCUAUACUACCUGUGCUUUCCGGACUGCCCGCUGCAUAGACGCCACCAUCGAGCGCGCUGGGAUGUUAGGAAGCUGCACCGCGUCCUAUGCUACAUACUUGCACCAUCACUUGCGCUUGGUCGGGUGCCCGAGGAGACAUCGCUUGCCCGGGUUGAGGACGCCAGCUCCCCAAGAGGCGCGGGAGGUGGGAAUGGGAGUGUGUGAGUCGGGCACAGACAUCCAUGUCGCGACAGCGGCAUUGCCAUGGAGUGGCCUCCACAAGCUGUGUCAGCAAACAAGUCAACCUCUGCAGCUCGUCCAGGUGAGCGAUCAUCAGCACGAAACAGCUGGUGAAAGGACAAUUGGCCCUAAAGGAAGUCGGAAAACAACAAGCUAUCGAUUUCCCCAGGCAGGUUGGGUUCAGUUCUAGCUAGGUCGGG